AUGCAUAUAAUACGCCUCCUCCUCGCGGCCAGCCUCGUCUUCUACGCCUCUGCCCAAACCACCGACUCUUCACAGACCGACUCAGCCAGCGCCAGCGCCACUGCCACUGCUGCCGACUACGCCACUAGCGGGAUCAGCUAUGCCGACGACAGCAGCACCAUCACUCUCUCCAACUCUGCCACCAUAUCCGACAUCUCCUCUGCCAUGGCUACAGCAAAUGCUACCGCUGCAGCCUCGAGUUCAGCCUCAGGAAACGGCACAAGAUCGAGUUCCAGUCCAACCCAGACCCUCCUCGUCGGGACUGCCCAGACGACCACAACGCUGAACGGGACCGUAACCGGGACUGCGACGAGGAAUACCACCGCUUCCAGCACCACCACCUCUAUCCAACCCACCAACACCGUGCCUUGCAAUGGCCACCCUGAUUUCUGUCAACGGAAAUUCAGCAACAUCACCUACGUCGCCGCCCACAACAGCCCCUUCGUCCGCCAAGGAAACCUCGCCGCCAACCAGCAGCUCGACGUCGAGAGCCAACUCAACGACGGUAUCCGAAUGUUACAAUUCCAAACCCAUCUGGUUAAUGGCACCAUGUACCUCUGCCACACGUCUUGCGAGCUCCUCAACGCCGGCACGUUGGAAGACUACCUUAGCACCGUGACCAAGUGGUUGCGUGCCCAUCCGUACGACGUGGUCACGGUGUUGAUGGGCAACGACGAUGUCGUCGAUCCGCACAAUUACACCAGCCCGGUCAUCGCAUCAGGCCUGAUUGACUUUGUCUACACCCCGCCCACAGUGCCCAUGCCACUGGACUCGUGGCCCACCCUGGCCGAAAUGAUCUUUGGCAACCACCGCGCCGUCGUCAUGCUCGACUACCAAGCCAACCAGACCGCCAUUCCGUGGCUGCUCGAUGAAUUCUCCCAGAUGUGGGAGACGCCGUUUUCCCCCACCGAUCGAGCCUUUCCCUGCACGGCCGACCGCCCGCCCGACCGUCCGCGAGAGAACCGCCUCGAUCGCAUGUACAUGGCCAACCACAAUCUCAACCUCCAAGUUGAUCUGGCGGGCAUUAGUCUGCUGGUGCCGUUCUUCCCGUUGUUGAACGAGACCAAUGCCAUUACAGGCUACGGCUCCGCGGGCGUCGCCGUGUCGAACUGUACGGAGAUGUGGACUCGCCCGCCGAAUUUCUUGUUGGUCGAUUACUACAACAUCGGCAGCUUCAAUGGGAGUAUUUUCCAGGUCGCCGCCGACGCCAAUAAUGUCACCUAUAACCGUGACUCGUGCUGCGGGACGGCAGGGACACAGAGUGCGGCUGCCACCAACAGACUGAGACUGAGUGGGGGAAUAGAUACAAAGAUGGUGUUUGGUCUCAUUGUUGGUUUGGUUUGGUUUCUUGUCUAG